CUCAGCUAGACGGCAGUGACAGCGGUAUAUACUACUAUAGUAUCAUGCCUGUAUGGUACACGCAUCGCAGGAUACGGUGAAUGCGGAUGCCGGAUAUCCUAACGUAAUAUGUCUGCACGUGUCGGGUACACGUAACAUGCAUGUACGUGGUUUGCUAUAGAACCAACAUAAGAAGUGUAUCAACAUGGGUGACUCAGUGGGAUCAGCACAGAAGAGUAGGCUGCGAAUGAUAACUUACCUCUCUCCCAGUGUGCCCAUUGAACUGUUUGAGGUGCUGAGGGACUACCUGGAGGAGAAGCUAGAUGUUGAGGCCAGCAUCAUCUAUGAGUCUCGCUGGAGUGGCCCCCCUGCGGAGAGAGACCCAGACCCAUUCCAGCGGGAUGAAGUAGACAUGGGUUUCAUGUGUGCAUCUGGGUUCCUGCGUCUAAUCAAUGAAGGGCGUGAGAGCGUGGAACUGUGCCCAGCCGGAGCCGUUCAUCAACACCCCAACAAUAACAACAACAGACCCAUUUACUUCUCAGAUGUUAUCAUACACUCUGACAAUAGUUCCAAGUAUAAGGACUUCCAUGACCUAAAAGGUCACCGCUGGGCGAUUAAUGAUGAAAUUUCUCUGAGUGGAAACCUUAUGGCAUUAGCAGAACUCCGUAAAAUGGGGUUUAAUGCCAGUUUCUUUGGCAACAUUCUCAGAUCAGGCUCUAACAUAAACUCUCUACAAAUGGUUCUGGAGAAGAAAGUGGAUGCAGCCUCAGUAGAUUCCACCUGUCUUCAUAGUCUCAUGAAAAAGGAUCCGAGUUUGAAGAAGAGCAUCUGCGUGAUUACCUCCCUUGGUCCAAUGCCUAUCCAUCCCACGGUGUUCAACACGAGGCUGUCAGAUGAUCUCAAGACAAGAAUAACCAGUGCGAUGUUAACAAUGCACGAGUUCCCCAAGUGGAAAGAGAGGCUAGGAGAAUUUAACCUGAGAGGAUUUGUACCCACAGACAUGAGUCUCUACCAGCUAGAGACUUCCCUCAGGGAAGUGGUCAAAAGCCUCAGCGUCAACACAGCCUACUAUUAGAUGUGGACGUUAAACAGAAUUUGUCAUCUGUACUGCAUACAAUACGUGUAUUGGACCUGUGUCCUGAUUAUGAGGUCAUGACCCUAUGGUCAGUAAAGGAAAAUGUUCAUUUUCUCAAAAGUACAGAACUGGACCAAAACCCAUACUUUGUUUUUUGAAAUUUACAAUUGUAUGUUUUCUUGUUAACACACAAAUGUGGACUAUCAAACAAUGUAUGUGAAUGUUGCGAAUUGAAAUUGUUAUGGUUGCGUAAAUUUUUGCUCUCCCACAAAAUACGUUCCAUGGAAAAAUUGUGAACCCAUCUCUUUUGUAUUUUACUGUAUUUUUAUACACAAUUAAAUUACAUAGCAUGUAUGUAUUUUACAAUUAGAAAUGUUAUGCAAUUUGAUAUCACACUGUUUA